CUUGUUGCAGGCUUACACCGUUACGCGCAGUUGUAUUUUGUGAAGAGUAGUUUCAGCGAUUUUUACCGAUUCCAAAGAAAACAUCAUGGCGAUGAAAUCUGGAAAAGCGAAGUCUAAGGUUAACUUUACAGAUUUGCAAAUUUGAGAAGAAAUGGAUAGAGAAAGUUAGACCGAAUAUUUGCUUGACGAUGACUCGUCAUCCAGCCAUAGCUUUGAUUCGGAAGCUGAAGAACUGUUUCUACAGGGAGAGGACAUUCUUCUGGAUCGUGGUAGCGACUCUGACUGGGAGCCCCCGGUGUCAAGGUGCCCAUCCCCCGAUGAAGCUGGUUCGUCCAGCCAGACACCUGCUGUCUCUGGCGCCACACCUACCCCCGCCCGGCCAUCUCGAGGUGGGAAGAAGUCAAAUAAGCGGAGGAAGGGAAGCGUGGAACCUGCUGGCAGAGCGGUAGAUGGGCAUUGGCACACUGUGCUGGAGGAGGAUGAAGAUCAAGUUCCACCAGUAUUUUGGCCGAAAAGGCAGCCAGGGCCACAACUGGACAUGACAGCGAAGUACAGCCCCCUUCAACUAUUUCAGCUGUUUUUCACCCCGUCAGUUAUUGAUUCACUUGUGUGUAACACCAACAAGUAUGGAGCAAAAAAGCUAGCAGGCAAGAAAGAUGCAUGGAAGCCCAUUUUCAUGCAAGACCUUUUCUGCUUCCUUUCAAUUGUAAUUUACAUGGGGCUGGUGAAGCUGAAAUCCCUCAAGGCUUACUGGAAAACAUCCCCGCUCUAUCAACUGCCUUUCCCACCCACUGUGAUGUCCUGUAAAAGGUUUUUAUAUAUCUUACGGGCGCUUCACAUCAGUGACCCUAAAGUUGAUGAGGCCAAUGACAAGAGGAGAGGCACCGCAAGGUUUGAUAAGCUCUGUAAAAUCAAACCUCUCUACCCCAGCAUGGUUGAGGCCUGCAAGACUUAUUUUCAGCCCGCCCAGAACUUGUCAAUUGAUGAGAGGAUGGUAGCCUCAAAGGCCCGAAUCAGUCUAAAGCAAUACAUGCGGAACAAACCAACAAAAUGGGGAUACAAGCUGUUUGUUUUGGCCGAUUCUGUGUGUGCGUACACCUGCAAUUUUUUUGUUUAUGAGGGGAAAAGCUCUUUUGCGACCGGUAAGGGACUGAGUUAUGACUCUGUCAUGGAUCUGUUGGAUUUGAAACUUCUGGGGAGUGGCUACAAACUCUAUGUUGACAAUUUUUACACAAGCCCUGCCCUUUUCACAGACCUCAGGAAGCUGAAUGUGUGGGCUUGUGGCACCAUUCGGUCCAACAGAGUGAGUUUUCCGAAGACAAAGGUGAAUGACAUGUCUAAGCGGGCUGAGCGGGGAGCGAUACGAUGGAUUCGCCAAGAUGGCCUGCUCUUCGUGAAGUGGAUGGGAUACCAGAGAGGUGGUGAUGUGCAGUACUAUCCACAAGUCCUUCAGUGGCGAUCACGUCGUCAGGCGUGUGAAGGGCGCUACUGGGGAAUGGGCCAAUCAAGGAUUACAACAAGGGCAUGGGAGGUGUGGACCUUUCAGACGCACUGAUCGGAUAUUACAAUGUUCUCCACAAGACCAUGAAAUGGUACAAGACAUUGUUUUAUCACUUCAUCGACAUUGCUGUGGUCAAUUCCUUCAUACUCCAGAAGGAAAUGGCUAAGAGCUGUGGACAGCCCCCCAUCUCCCAGCAUUCUGCAGCGAUACGCCAUCCCGUCUGGUUUGCACUUUGUGGAACUUUUAUUUGUUUUUCAAUAAGACAAUGACCCAACACACCUCCAGGCUGUGUAAGGGUUAUUUGACCAAGAAAGAGUGUGAUGAAGUGCUGCAUCAGAUGACC